AUGGCGGUGUUGUGUGGUGUAUGCGGAAUAAAAGAGUUCAAAUACAAGUGUCCAAGAUGUUUGGUGCAAACUUGCUCUUUGGAGUGUUCCAAGAAGCACAAGACAAGGGACAAUUGCUCAGGUCAAACACAUGAUCCUAAGGAGUAUAUAUCGAGUGAGGCGUUGAAACAGGCGGACGACGACAAGCACGAACGAAAUGCUUAUGUCCAGAGGGACUACAACUAUCUGACGCAGUUGAAGCGAAUGGUGCAUGUACAAAAGAUGGAUGCUAGAAUGAAGAACAAGCGGGUUCUGGGGCCUGUGGGCGGCCACAACUCUAAUUUCAAGAAGAGAAGAUACGAUAUAGAUGAGGAUGAUCGUGAUAGCACGGAGUGUCAGAGGAUAAUUAGGAGGGGGGUGAACUGUUUGAUGCUACCCAAGGGGAUGCAGCGAUCAUCGCAAAACAGGAGCAAGUGGGACAAAACGAUGGACCUAUUUGUAUGGAGCGUGGAGUGGAUUCUAUGUCCUAUGCAGGAAAAGGGUGAGAAAAAGGAGCUUUUCAAACAUGUCAGCCACCGUAUCAAAGAGACAGACUUUUUGGUGCAAGGGAUGGGCAAGAACGUUUUCCAAAAAUGCUGUGAAUUCUAUCGCUUGGCUGGAACAAGCUCUUGCAUAGAGGGCGAAGACGGUUCGGAGACCAAAGAGGAAAGAACACAGAUCCUACAGAAGAGUGGGCUCAAAUUCUACACGAAAACGUUCCCUUACAACACCACGCAUAUAAUGGAUUCAAAAAAACUGGUGGAGUUGGCUAUACAUGAGAAAUGCAUCGGAGAAUUGUUGAAGAACACCACAGUGAUCGAGUUUCCCACGAUAUUCGUUGCCAUGACAGAGGCUGACCUACCAGAGGGCUACGAGGUGCUACACCAGGAACCCCGCCCACUUGAGCAUACGAGUACACUGAACAAGUUUAUUGACAAUGCAAGGGAGGAGGAAGACGCUGAAGAGGACUCUCAACCGACAGAAGAACCUGUACAGAAGGAAACACAGGACGCCAGCGACAGCGACAGCGACAGCGACGAUGACUACAAUCCGGGCUUAUCCAUGGAUUUCCUCACUGCAUGA